UACUAUUUAUGUGCUUUAUUCCAUUGAGGGCUUACGCGACAGGCUACAGCUAAGUUGCCAAAUGGAAGAGCCGGCUAUGCACGAAGUCUCGGUUGAGUGGUGACGUCUACUGGAAGCCUCCACCCGAAAAGGACAGAGUCACAGAGAGAGAGAGAGAGGGGGAGUUGCUUCAGUUCUGGUUUAUUAUGGUGAUCGAUCUUGGUAUCUGAUGCCAUUUCUUCUCCAAAGCCAGGCGUGUGUAUUGAGAGAGUGCAUUAACCAGAGCUUUUAAUAAAGGUGCUAUGGAGGAGAUUGAUGUGCCUCAAGUCACAGUAUAACAGCUUUUCAUGUCAUCGUGCUUCUGAAAGAGGAAUUUGUGGGAACAGAAAGUUGGGAAUAUUCUUCUGCAUGUGUAUUUCUCCAUCUUCUUGACUUACACCACAGCCUUAAGUUAUGCUAAAGGUCUUGAGUUUCUUUUACAGCUGGAACAAAAGCUUUAUUUACUUGUCAAUUUUAUGUUGCAGUAGUGCUUGUUAUCUUUGCCACAGAAACACACAAUGGGGACAUUGGCCUCCUGAGCUUGAUUAAGUAGAAUAUAUUGAAGCCAAAUGGUGCAAUAAUCUGAUAUGCAAGUUGCGUGUUUGAAUCCAAAGACUUGACUAAUUUGAUGGGCAUGGAAAAUUUGUUAAAUGAUGGAGUCAGCAAUGAGGAUUGCUUACCCAUUGAGAGUGAAGAAUUAGGGACUCAUCCACGCCAUAGUCUAGACAAGGAGGCAGGCCUGCCAGCCUGUCGUGUAUGCCAAUGUUCUGAAUCUGACAAAAGAGGGGAUGUUGCAUUAGGAUUUUUGGGAAUCAUUUCUCCUUUACAAGAAGCAAGUAAAAGCUAUGGGGAGGUGAAGCCUGGUAGCAAGGAAGUUUUUAAAGAUGUUGAAAGUAGAUUAUCCCUCAAAAAGAAUGCUGGAAGAGAAGCUGGGCUUGUGGAGUUUAUUAGUCCUGACGGAGAGGUUUUCAUUUGUAAUACUGACUUGGAGAUGGGUUCAUGUUACCAUCAUGACACAUUGGUGGAGCUUGGUUGCUCUUGCAAAAAUGACCUUGCUUUAGUACACUAUGCUUGUGCUCUAAAAUGGUUUGUUAACCAUGGAUCCACUGUUUGUGAAAUCUGUGGACAUGUUGCGAAAAAUAUUAGAACUGCUGACUUCAAAAAGGUUGUGGGUUCUUUGAAAGAAUACGAAGCAUUGAGAGAAAGGACUGCUAGUGGAGAACCCAAUCCUGCACUGGUGCAUACAAGUACAGGUGUGGAUCCUGAUGCUGUUGCUGCUAUCCGAAGGCAACGGCUUAUUGAGAUUUCAUUGUGGUUUAAUCCACAUAAUAAUAUUAACUACAAUAUUUCUGCUGCAGUUUCACAGGUUGCAUCUGAACAACCUGUGAAUACUGUCUCUGAAGAUGUUGUCCCUGAUGAAAAUCCUGCAACUAAGUGGGCUGUAGAAGGUACUGGGAUUCUACUUGCUACAGGGCUUCUUACUGUUACUCUUGCAUGGCUCAUUGCCCCUCGUGUUGGGAAGAAAACUGCCAGAAGUGGUCUUCAUAUUCUCCUUGGAGGCAUUUGUGCUCUAACCGUUGUGGUUUUCUUUCGCUUUUUUGUGCUUACCAGAAUCAAGUAUGGACCUGCACGCUACUGGGCGAUCUUGUUUGUCUUUUGGUUUCUUGUCUUUGGCAUAUGGGCUUCGCGGACACAUGGUGCUCAUGCGACAUGAUUUUGUCAGCAUAAUGCAUGUGUAAGUUAUGUUUAAUGGCACUGGAAAAUAGUGGUUUUUGAGAAUUUCUUAAAAGGGCAUGUUAGUAAGAAAUCCAGAACACACUUGUUGGAGUUGGAAAUGUUGGGAGUCAUGGGAUUGGUGUUGGUCCAUUGUGUAUUAUAUUAUAAAUAUUAUUGUAUAUGAUUUUUGGAAA